AUGCUUUGGUCAACACCAGGUUGGCUUCCCGAGGAGAUUGGAAUCAUCGUAGAACAAGGGCAGUUUUUCUGUUACGAAGGCGAAGACCUGAAACUUCACCUCCAGAGGGGCAUCCACAACAUCGCAGUGUAUUCGCUGACAGGCAUGGCCAUUAAUAUUGAGAGUGGACAAUCGCAAAAGUCACACCUUGUUUCGAUGGUCAAUGAACCAGAGGCGCCUGGAGAGAGUCGAUGGCAUCUUUUCAACGACUUCUUGGUGAGGUCGGUCAGCACGGAAGAGGCACUCGCUUUCAACACAUCUUGGAAGGUCCCUUCUGUAAUUGCAUACCAGAUAAGAGAUGAGAACAACAAGAUCGAUACUGAAUGGAGGAGCAACAUCGACACCUCCAUACUUUACCAAGACUUCAAUGCAAACGCCGAUCCAUCAACAAAGACCUAUCAAGUGCUCAACCCUGAGACUGAGGCGCCUGGCCCCAAUACCAUUAUUGCACUGGACACUGAGUUCGUUGCUGUGCGACAACCUGAAAUUGAAAUGAAUUCUGAUGGUGAGCGGGAAACCAUACGGCCGAUAGUGUACGCACUUGCUCGUGCAUCAGUCGUCCGCGGUCAGGGGGAAAACGAAGGGACACCCUUCAUCGAUGAUUAUAUCAACAUAAAGGAACCGAUUGUCGACUAUUUGACAUCCUAUUCGGGAAUCACUGAACAAGACUUGGAUCCUAGAGUUUCGAAACAUAGUCUCCUGUCGUUGAAGAUGGCAUACAAGAAGAUGUGGAUUCUUCUUAACCUCGGAUGCAAGUUCCUUGGCCACGGACUAAAACAAGACUUCCGAGUUAUCAACAUACACAUUCCUAAAUCGCAGGUCAUCGACACGAUUGACCUGUUCUUCCUCCAAACUCGGUUAAGGAGGCUAUCGCUGGCUUUUCUGGCGUGGUAUCUCUUGAAGGAAGAUAUCCAAAUGGAGACCCACGAUUCGAUCGAAGAUUCACGGACAGCACUCAAGUUGUAUAAGAAGUAUCUCGAGUUCCAGGAUGCCGGAAUCUUGGAGACCAUAUUGCAAGAUAUUUACCGAGCUGGCCGAGAGGUCAACUUCAAGCCGCCUCGCAAGGACGGCCAGCAUAUCCCAAGGACGGACACCCCUCCCCCUUUGCCAGUCGAUGGCUCAACAGGGCCGGUAACACCUGUCAGAAGCCACAACAUUCUGGCACAGACACCUGGAUCUGCAUUCGGAGGUGGCUCUAGCUGGACACCAGGAAAGGGAUCACCAUUACCAUAG